GGCCCAGCGGCCGUUGGCGCGCGGGUUGGAAAUGGCCGGGGCGGCCGGGGCCCUCAGUCCGGGAGCGGCGGGCGGGAGCGGCGGGCGUUCUCCCCCGACGGCCGAGGUGGAAGCCGUGGCUGCGGGCUGGAUGCUGGAGUUCGCCUGCUGCUGCCUGUGCCGCCAUUUCGGAGAGGGCUCUGCGGCCGAGUUCCGGCGUUGGGGGGACGUGGCGCAGGCUCUCAUUAAUGGCUUCUCCAAUAUACCUACGCAUCAGAAAAAGAUAGUGUAUCUUUGUCAGCUUUUGAUAAGAAUUGCAAAAGGAAAAAGCCUUGAAUGCCAUUUUGAAAAUGAUCAAAGAAUUUCACCUUUGGAAUCUGCCUUGUCUUUCUGGACUUUACUUGAAGGGGAAGAAGUUAAACUGGAAAAGCUUCAUGAAGAUAUUCGUCGCUUGAUUCAAAUUCAAAUUGUAGCAGUCCAUAUGGAACAUGGAUAUUUCAAGGAGGCUACAGAAGUUCUUGAAAGGCUGUUCACAGAUUCUGAAUCAGAUAAGCCUUUAAGGGUGAAGCUGGCAACUGUAGUUAAAAGCAAGGAUCCAUAUGUUCCCCUUCUCCAAAGCUUCAGUUACGAUCAUUUGAUAAUUAAAAUAAAGUCUUACAUUGAGCUUUUCCUGCAAGAAAAUGAAACUAACUUCUUAAUACAGGGCCUCCUUCAAGUACUGGAAGACCACAAGAAGGCAGCCACAAAACAAGUAGAGUCUAAUGGAUUGGGAACAACAGCAUUGCAAAACAAAACUGUGAAUGACAAAGAAAAUGACAAAAGGAAUUCAGAAACAAAACAAAGGCCUCAUUCAGGACAGAAAUACAGAGUGAGCAGUGUUCUUCAGAGUCUGAACAGCUUUCAGAAUGUGGAAAACCAUGGUGUUGCUUUGGCUUGUGGCCGAAGAAAACGGCGAUGGACUUACAAAGAAGACUUGGAACUGAAAUCAGGAGUAAGGGAGUUUGGAGUAGGUAACUGGGCUAAAAUUUUGGUCCAUGGUGACUUCAACAACCGAACGAGUGUCAUGUUAAAAGACCGGUGGAGAACACUGUGCAGGAUCGAACAAGGCUAAUUUGGAUUACAGGAAUCGACUCUUCUUGACUUUUCCCUGCAUAAGGACCUAGUCUAGCUUUUCAGAAUAAUGACUUAUUUUAGUCUCAGAGUGCCCAGCGGUGUUGCUGUCCUAAAACACGAAACAGAAUAGUAAUAGGUAUAAAACAUUCAUGUAAUCUCACUUGUUCGGGUAAUGAUGACCUAAAUGUAAAGCCUGGCCUUUUAUCCACAUGCAAUAGAUGACCUAAUUUCUAAAAUGUGAAAAUGCUUGAAGUGAAUUAAGAAAGGUCAAUUAUGUACACAGGGAUAUUAAAUAACUGGCAACAUGUUUAGCAUGAUAGAGGCUAAUAAAGUCAAGUGUUUUGUAUUUUAAAAGGGUUGUAUCUCUAGUCAGACUGAGCUUUUUAUUUUACUUCCUGCCAUAUAACCCAUUCUAAUUUGAUUUGCUUCACUCUGAGAUUUUGGUCAGACCUGUCAUCUCUGCCAGUAAGUUAUGACAAAAAAAUACGUAUGUAUUAGUAUUGCUAAUUUUACAGAAUUAUUCCUUUUCUUUUUUUUUUGCAGUUAAAAUGUGAUAUUCCAUGUCAUUUUAUAUAUAUAAGUAGUAAAGAUGGUGCUUUUUUUUUUUUUAUUUAAAGAAUUAAGCCUAAGAUCUAGGUGGAAGAUUGUUUUGAACUAGUGUAUAUUGGCAUAAUAGCACCUUUUAUUUUGCAGGAGGUAGAAAAUAGAUGGAAAGUAACAGUAUAUUAGAUUUUAACAUCUCUUGAUUAUCUUGUGCCACCUACCUUGUAUUGAGAAGUGACUUCUAAACCAGCAGUAAAGGGAAAGCUCAGAAAGGAAUGGCCAGAGCGGGGCUCCGCAGCGAGUCUGUACCAACACUGAGAGCGCAGCUCGUGAGCCGCGUUUCGCCUCGGCUCUCCGCUGCCUCUGCCUGCGGGGAUAGCAAGCAAAGGUAUGCUCUGAUGGGGUAACUGUCGAGGUGUCUGUUGGUCCCUGUAAAUGUCCUGCUCGUGAGAGAUUGCAACCGAUGGAUGAUGGUACUGCACUGUCUCUCUUCAUUCAGAUUGCAUGGAGAAGAGUUGUGCAGGCUCCGAAAACCUGUGCUUUUCACCGUCAAACUGGUUUGAAGCUGGUGACUCGAACUAACGUAUCACGGCAUUCUUUUAAAAGUGAAAUCUUUUAAAAGUGAAUUCUCUUCCAUUCAGAUGUUUUCUGUGCCUUUGUCCUUGGUUAAGGGUUUUAUUUUACAAGAACCUUACAAGGAAAAGCAUCUGUCCAAACUGGUCAUAAUAAAAUAAACCUCUCUGAGAUAUAAUUCUGGGCUACAAAGGAGGAGGUAUAUUCUUGAAGGCUGAAAUGUUCAGGAAGUAUUAAGGUAAUCUCUGCUUUCUGUUUUGGAGGCCUGCUUACAUUAAGAUAAAAUAGCAAAGUACAGUUACAAAGGUUUGUUUCACACUUACUACGGGCAGGACCUCAGCCAGAUCACCCUCCUCAUUCUUUUCACAGACGCUACUGUUUCUUCUUGCAGCCACUAGAAACAGCAGCAAGAGGUACUCUUGAGGUUCCACAGGGAUGCUGCACGUCUCAACAGUAAAUUUUCUCAACCUUAAGGCAUAAUUUCUUUUUAGCAAACAUUGUGAAAUUCAGGAUCUUGAUGAAAUACAGGCUUUGGCCUUCAGCAAGGAAUGCUAGAGGAGCUGUAAG